AUGAAUGUCAUCAAAUCUGAUACAUUUACAGCCUCAUCAGCUAAAUCAAUGGUAUAUCAUUUUAGUUUAGGAGUGCGAGAAAAAUUUUUGCAUAAUGUGCAAUGGCCAAAUGUACUGAUGAUUUUGCUCCAUCGUAUUGUUCAUAGAUAUAUGGAGCAGAUACUACCCACCACUUGCCAUUUGAGUCCUCCUGACAUUGCUGCUGAGAAAAUAUACAACUCAACUACGACUCGGCUAAAUUCAGGCAGAUUUGCCGUUACCUUUCCGUUUCUGCAACCACUUCUACUGCUUGGCGUUGGUGACUCAAAAACGUUAGCUCUUCAAUGGUUCAAGGAACUCGAAUGUCGACUCCCCCGCAAUAAAGAUCUGCAAGAUCAAUACGCUGAGUUCAUGCAUGACUACCUGACAACUGGUCAUAUGGAGUUGAUUUCGUCGUCUAAACUCGGCAAUCCGUAUCAUUAUUAUAUUCCGCACCAUUGCAUGCUAAAACCCGAUAGUCUUACUGCCAAAUUGAGGGUGUAUUCAAUGCAUCUGCACAAACUUCAGCUGGAAGUAUCUUUUUCAGCUGAUAUCAAACAAAUGUAUCGUCAAAUUCUCAUCAGGCCCUCUGCUCGAGAUAAUUUGCGGAUCCUGUGGAGAUUUUCGUCUCGGUCUCAAAUUCAUGAGUACUGA